AUGGCGCACAGCAGUAGCUCUAAUUACUAUCCCGGCGUCAUUAACGACCUAACAGUUGAGGCUCAAAAAGUUAGGCAGAAAAUGAAGCGCUACAAGCAAUCAGGCCCGGCUAUACUCCAUAAAGACAAGCUAUUUGAGAUCAAGGUUCAUGGUUUGUCCAAAGAGAAAACGAAAGAGCGCAAGACCACUCUGAGGGACUUUACCGGCAGUCUCAAUAACUCAGGUGCUUCAUCGCUGCAGGGGAAGAAAAAGCCAUCCCGCCACAACGGCGAUCACAUAUACUCCGGAUCUGAAAUUCAGCUCAACCAUGCCUCUUCUUCAAGCUCCAGCCUCCGGCCAGCCGACUCCGCUUACGCCUCCAUGUCAACCAAUGCCAAGUGUGCGAGCACAUCUCUUGGCCGUCCCACGAGGCGUUCAACCGAAUCAUUGAAGCAAAAGGUGGAGGAUUAUUUGCGACACAUUCCUGAGGGCCUGUACUCCCAAUAUGUGAUUAUGAUAGACAAGGAGUGGAAGAAUGUCGUUAUUCAGCGUCUCGAACAACUCUUUACGGGCCAGAUCAGCGGUUGGUACGCGCCGAAGAAACAUCCCUUGAGGUCGGGUGAUAGCCUCACUUCAGCGCUUGCUGUAGCGGAUGCAAAGACGAUGGGAUCAUCGACAGUCCACGAACGACCCCCUCCUGGAGAUGAGCCUACCAAAGGGGCGAAAAUCGUCCCUCUGGAGCAAUAUCGACAGCUAGGAAACAAGAACCUUUCAGGACGUCAUGGAUCGACUUUUCAUCCCAAUGAGGACCACAUGGAGAUCGGAUGCAAUGAUAAUAACACCGUUUUUGGUACCAACCUGUCUCCCCCAAUGCCGCUGGUGUCUGAACAGCGACCCAGCGACAUUAUGCGUCCAGUAGCCAAACCCACUGAAUCCCAGGGACAAGAAAAUAGACGCCGAAAGUAG